AUGGUUAAUAAUAUUAAUAUACUGGAGAAUAAUGAAAACAAAAAUAAAUAUUAUUUAAACAUACUAUAUGUCGUAUUGUUGAUACGAUACUUAAAAGAUCAUUCUAUUUUUAAUAUACUCAUAGUACUAUAUCUAACAAAUUUAUUAUGUUAUACUUUACAAUUAAUAAAUAGAGAAAAGGAAAACUUUAUUGGGCAGCCAUAUAAUUUUGCUCUUACUAAUCACAAUAGUAAUUCCGAUAGUAACAGCAACGGUAACGAGAAUUAUCAUGGCUAUUACGUUUUAAAUACACUGGUCAUGAAGUCAAUAUUACAUAUCCAAGCAUGCUUACUAUUGCAAAUUGUUUUACUCAUAUUGUACAGAAUUUUUAUAACAAAAAAUAAUCAUUAUACAAACAUUGGAGAUGGAGACAACUCAAAUUUUUUGAAUUCUUACAAACGGGAAACUAUACUUUUUGAUCUUUUAUCAUAUAACGGAGAAGAAGAAACUGGUAACAUAAUAUUGCUUUUCAUUAAAAUUAUUAGCAUGGAUAUUUUGAUUUUCUUAAUUGAAAUAUUGAUAAUAUAUGAAAACUUGGUUGAUUCGAGCCAUUGGAAUAAAUUUAUAGCUAGAAAUUUGAACCAAUUCGGUUUAUACGUUGUUUUCAAACUAAAUCCUACGCUAGGCUGGCAAUAUGUCAAUAGUACGUGUGACAAUGAUGAUUCUAAUGAAUAUGAUAGUUUAAGGAUAGUUUGA